AGGAAAUAAAUAAAUAAAUAAAUAAAAAUGAAGAGGUUUAUAUAAAUGAAUGAAGACAGAGACAUGUACUGUAAUUUCCCAGUUCUUCCCCAAAGAGUCUUCCUUGUUUGUGCAGCAAGAUCAUGAAAAACCACACGCACUGAAGAAGAAAAUCGUCUGCCGCUUGAGCUGCUGCUGCUGUUGUGUUGGUUGCUUCCGUCAGAAGGUUCUCUUUCAAAUACUAUAUAAAAAUACUCUAUUUGGAGUGUAGGAGAAAGAAAAGAAAAGAGUUUCGGCAAUAAUAUUAUAAUCAAUCAUUCAUCGUCCGACGACACUCCACGCCAUUGUUAGGAGGAAACAGCUAUACAUACACCAAGGAUUCUGCGGUUAGUCGGUGGCAAUUGGAAUUUUCCUUGGUUAAAUAUUUCAUCUGGGUACGCCAAAAAUCGGGUUAAUUUGACAGAUCUCUGAGGUGGAUUUGGAAUUUCUGGGGCUUAUGUGAAGGAAUCGGUGGUGAAAUUAGAGUUUAAUUGGUGAAAAUCAGUGGUGGGUUGAAGGCAAUUGGGGUUCUUUUGCAAGUUUUGUUCGUGGUUCUGGGAUUUUUUGGAUAGAAUCUUGGUGGGUUCUGCAGUUUGUGCGAUCUACUGUGGUGGGAUUGACCAUCAUAUUGGUUAGUCUUUGUGUCAAGCAUUUCUGGAGUGGAGUGUGAGUUUUGCUUCUCCUGGUACCUGCAGAAAAGUUUGAUACUUAGGUUAUUGUGGUGGAGAGCUAUUUAUUCUUGGGGGGUUCAAGAAAAUGAGUUCUAAUGCUUCAGUAGGUGUAAUUCAAAUGGGAAAACUUGUGGUUCAUAUUGCUGAGAAUGGGCAUUCAUAUGAGCUUGAAUGUGAUGAAUAUACUCUUGUUGAGGCCGUGCAGAGGUUCCUUGAAUCGGUUUCUGGGAUACCAUUUAAUGAUCAGCUUCUUUUGUGCUUGGACAUGAAAUUGGAAUCUCAGCGGCCCCUCUCAACGUACAAACUUCCAUCUGAUGACCAGGAUGUAUUUUUGUUCAAUAAAGCGAGAAUGCGGAGUAAUUCACCACUGCCUGCGCCAGAGCAAGUUGAGAUAAUUGAUAUCUCUGAUCCUCCAUUGCCCUCCUCAUCUCACAACCCUCAUCCUCUAGAUGAUGUUUCAGACCCGGCAUUAAAGGCCUUGCCUUCUUAUGAGAGACAAUUUAGAUAUCACUUUCAGUGUGGACAUGCUAUUUACAGUCGUACAUUAGCAAAAAUUGAGACAUGUGAGAGACUUUUGCAAGAGCAGAAGGUGCAAGAAAGGGCUUUGGAAAUUGCAAGGGGUAAUUUAGAUCACUUCUAUAAGAUUGUACUGCAAAACUACACAGAUUUUAUGAAAUGUUACUCACAGCAGCACCGUACUCAUACCAACCUUCUGGUGAACUUCGGGAGGGAUAUGGAAAAAUUGAGAUCUGUAAGGCUUCUUCCACCCUUGCAAACUGCUAACCGGAAAUGCUUACUAGAUUUUGUGAAAGAAGAAAACUUAUGGAAGACAGUGGAGGAUUGUAGCAUUUCUCACAGGCAAUUUGAGAACAAAGUUUCAGAAUUUAAACAGGAGUUUGGAGAUCUAAAGCGGAAUACAGAAACUUUGUAUUCUGGCAAAGCUUCAUUUCUUGUGAAAGACUUGGAUUUGGCUAUCAAAGACCACCAGCGGUUUAUCAAUGAGCAAAAGAGCAUAAUGCAAGCUUUAAGUAAAGAUGUAAAUACUGUAAAGAAGCUUGUUGAUGACUGUCUUUCCAGCGAGUUGUCAUCUUCACUUCGUCCUCAUGAUGCUGUUUCAGCAUUGGGUCCUAUGUAUGAUAGCCAUGAGAAAAGUUACCUUCCAAAGAUGCAGGCAUGUGACCGUGCAAUUUCCAGUUUGCUUGAUUUCUGCAGGGACAAAAAGAAUGAGAUGAAUAUCUUUGUGCAUAAUUAUAUGCAAAAGAUUGCAUACAUUCAAUACACCAUUAAAGACGUGCGCUAUAAGUUCUCUGUGUUCCAGGAGGCUUUGAAGCGUCAGAAUGAUCAAUUUGAGCACUUAAAAGUGGUGCGUGGGAUUGGUCCUGCAUAUAGGGCAUGCCUUGCUGAAGUAGUGAGAAGGAAAGCAUCAAUGAAAAUCUACAUGGGCAAGGCUGGACAAUUGGCUGAAAAACUUGCAACAGAGAGGAAUGCUGAAGUUAGGAGACGUGAGGAAUUUCUCAAAGUGCACAAUGCUUAUAUUCCUAGGGACAUUUUAGCGUCUAUGGGAUUGUAUGACUCCCCUAACCCAUGUGAUGUCAAUGUAACCCCUUUUGACACUAAUUUACUUGAUAUAGAUCUUUCCGACUUAGACCGUUAUGCUCCAGAGUCACUGUUCGGACCCUCCCCAAAGAGUGAAAAGCAUGGGGCUUCGAGGACUUCAUUGUCGACAUCUAAUGAUGGUUCUCAGUCUACUGAAGUUGAAGGAAGUGUGGUGGACAUGCAUGAGAGGUAUGAUUUCCAAGACAGACUUGAGGGAUCAGAGUUGGUGGAGAUUGCGGGAACUAGCAAGAUAGAAGUUGAGAAUGCGAAACUGAAAGCUGAACUUGCUUCUAAAAUUGCCUUGUUAUGUUCUAUAAGUACGGAGCUCGAUUAUGAAUCCCUUGAUGACAGUAAAUUGGAGAAUAUAUUGAAAACUGCUGCAGAGAAGACUUCUGAAGCUUUGCAUCUUAAAGAUGAGUAUGAAAAACAUCUCCAAUCGAUUAUAAAGGUGAAGCAGAUGCAAUGUGAGUCUUACGAGAAAAGGAUUCAGGAAUUAGAACAAAGGUUGUCUGAUCAAUAUCUGAGAGGACAUAAGCAUUCACCUGAUGAUGAUAGGGCUGGUUCUGCGGUUUCAAUUGCAAAGACUGAUGAUGAGAACAAAUCAGAAGUAUCAGCGGUUGGAGAAAUGCACAUGCCCCAUGCAAUGGAAGAGGUCUCUUGUGCAUCUAGCUCAAUUAAAUCUGGCCUUCCGGAUCAUGAUAAAGCACAAGAAGGCUUGGAUGAUAAUAUGACAGAUUCCUCUACUAUGCUAAAUCCUCACUUGGAUUCAUCAAUGCGAGAUCUACACCGUGACAAAGCACAUCUUUCUGACAAGGAUAAGAAGCAAACACCCUUUACUGAUGAAGGCAUGGCACUCACUGCAAGUAAUAUGGCUGUUAGCAUGUCACAACCAGCAGAUGUUCUAUCAUAUGAAACAGCUGUUGAACCAAGUGGGGAUGCUAAAGUGAGUGACGGUCUUGUAAUGGAAUUGAAAAAUGCCCUAGCAGAGAAAUCAAGUCAAUUAGACAAUGCAGAAACGAAGAUCCAAGAAUUAAUGGACAAGGUGUCCAAGCUUGGAAUGGAGCUGGAGAUCAAUCAGAAGCUACUUGAUGAAUCUCAGUUGAAUUGUGCUCAUCUGGAGAAUUGUCUGCAUGAGGCAAGAAAGGAAGCCCAAACCCAUCUUUGUGCAGCUGAUCGACGAGCUUCAGAGUAUAGCACAUUACGUGUUUCUGCUGUCAAGAUGCAUGGUCUUUUUGAAAGACUUAGAAGCUGUGUUUUGUCAGCUGGCGUGGCAACUUUUGCUGACUCUUUGCGUGCAUUGGCUCAGUCUUUAGGCAGUUGCAACGAGAACGAGGAUGAUAGUACUGCUGAGUUCCGUGAAUGUGUUCGAGUACUCGCAGAUAAAGUUAGCAUUUUAUCAAGACAGCGUGCGGAAUUGCUCGAUAGAUACUCAAAAGCUGAAGCUGCAAACGAGCAGCUUAGCAAGGAAUUAACAGAGAAGAAAGAGCUGGUCAACACACUUUACAUGAAGCAUCAGCUGGAAAAGCAGGCAAACAAAGAGAAGCUCUCUUUUGGCCGGUUAGAAGUCCAUGAAAUCGCUGCAUUCGUCCUCAACUCCGCAGGUUAUUAUGAGGCCAUCAACCGUAACUGCCCUUACUAUUACCUUUCUGCUGAAUCCGUGGCCUUAUUUACCGACCAUCUACCAAUCCGUCCAAGCUACAUUGUAGGGCAGGUUGUGCACAUUGAGAGACAGACAGUGAAGUCCCCACCAUCGACAUCACCAGAUCGAGCUGAGAGUACUAGAGAUUGCGUAGAUAUACUGACCUCCGAAAUGGGACCCAGCCGGUUAGGCUCGAAAUCAGGAUCGACAUCAAACCCUUAUGGGCUUCACGUAGGGUGUGAAUACUUCAUAGUGACUGUAGCCAUGUUACCUGAUACCGCAAUUCACUCGCCUGCUUCCUGAUCUUGUUGCGAAUGGCAGAUAUAGAUGUGAUGGAAGAAACUAAGUGUAAAUAUAUAUAGAUUGUAAUGGGGAUGUUACUUAAGAUGAAUACUCUUUAACGAGAGUUUCACUUCAUCUUCCCUUGUAUAGCUGCAAAUUAAUUCAAUCCAUCGCUUUGUAUAUAAUUAUGGGAUCUUGUGUAAAUUUCCCAAUAUUUAUUCCUUUUCCAUUAAGAACUUUUCAUGAUUCUCA